AUGCGUCAGGUGGACCGCGGUCUGUUUGUUCCACCUGGGCCGUGGGUGCACGCGUAUCAGGACUCGCCCCAGACGAUAGGAUUUAACGCCACCAUCUCUGCCCCGCACAUGCACGCCCAGUGCCUGGAGCUCCUGGAAAACCACCUGCAGGUGAAUUUUGAAAUAUGCCUUGCAGGUGAGGUGCACGUCCAGCACACCUGUCACCGCUCCCUUCACCUCUUCCUCUUCUCUCAUAUCCCUCCCAACCUGUCUCCUAACCCUUCUCUCACCACUCCUUCCAUCCCUUCAUUGUGUGGUUGUUUCCUCUCUGUUGCUGCUCAUCCCACUCCGCUCCUGCUGCAACAGCCGGGAAUGCGAGCUCUGGACGUGGGGUCGGGAACAGGCUAUCUCACAGCGUGCUUUGGCCUGCUACUGGCACCCACGGGGAAGGCCGUGGGGGUGGAGCAUAUACCAGAGCUGGUGGAACGGUCAAAGCGGGACGUGGCGAGGAGCGCAGCGGGGCAUCUGCUGGAGAGUGGGGUGAUAGCGCUGCACGCGGGGGACGGCAGGCAGGGGUGGCCGCAUGACAGCCCGUAUGAUGCCAUCCACGUGGGAGCGGCAGCACCAGAGAUUCCACUGGCGCUGAAGCAGCAGCUGAAGGAGGGAGGGCGGAUGGUCAUACCCGUGGGCACGUGGUCACAGGAUCUGCUCGUGGUGGAUAAGCUGCCAGAUGGCCGCUUCAAAGAGAGCCACGUGGCGUCUGUGCGCUACGUGCCGCUCACCAGCAAGGACGAGCAGCUGGAGGGGUACUGA